CUCACAGACGUGAGGGUAGAAGAAGAAGCUGUUCAUUCCCACGACUUUGACGUUUAGCAGCGGCCGGCUUGACCUUCCUACCAUAGCGUGACAAACUGAAGAUGUCUGGACGUGUGUUUGCAAACUGGUGGGCCAGGGUGAGCCCCUACUACACUAAGGCGUACCAAGAGGUGUGGGUCGGUUUGGGCAUUGUGACUUUCGCCUACUACAAACUUUCUUAUGGGGGCAAGAAGGCUGUAAAGGACAAGCCCGCCCACUGAGUUUUCCACUUUGCUGACCACCGCUGCACCCGCUGUGAAAUAAUGCCCCAGUCGUUUGUCCUCAAGACCAGAUUCUUUAUUUGAGUUUUUGUUAAUAUGGAACAAAUAAAGUUGUUAUCCAAAACCA